ACCCCCGGGACCCCUCCUCGGAGACCCCGGCGGAACCCGCACAGGUUCCAGGUUUGGUAAUCUCCGGCUUGAAUCCAGACGCGCAUCGCUGUGAAGACAAAAGACUCACCCCCUUCCUCCACGCUUCCUAAAGGUCACCCCGAAUGUAUGCCCGCCCGGGGGCCGCCCGCAAAAACACGAGUAAUGCUGGAGGCUUCCUCCUAGAGCAGUCUUUUCAAAAGGACCCCAACCUCUGCUCCUGGGUCCUGAAUGAGCAGGAACCAUAUAAAAAAAAUGGCCAGAAGGUUGAGAACCACUGCGCGCUCAGAGGAAGAAGUAGCAGCGAUGAUGAAAUAUGACCCUGAGCAAUCCUGCUGCUAACCUGCCUUGUGCUAAAGCCCAGUCAGCCCAAGACCAGCAGGAAGAAGUCUGCGAUCCACUAAGGUUCCCAGGAGGGUGGCCCUGCCAAGAACAAGAGAUGAUGAGCCUCCCCAGACCCAGGCGGGGCGACCAGCUGCUGUUCCUGGGCAUCAUGGUCCUCGUGGUCCUGGCCAUCUUCCUGCUGUUCUACGCUCUCCUCUGGCAGGCGGGCGACCUCAUCAACUUGCCCAACCUGAGAAUCGGCUUUUACAACUUCUGCCUGUGGAACGAGAGUGCGGGCCGCCUGCAGUGCCACCAGUUCCCUGAGCUGGAGUCCCUGGGGCUGCCUUGGGGCGCCCUGGCCCUGGCCAGGCUCGGCGUGUACGGGGCCCUGGUCCUCACCCUCUUUGUCCCCCUGCCUCUGCUCCUGGCCCACUGCCACAGGAGCGAGGGUGAGUGGCAUCUGGCAGUGUGCUUCCUGGCGAUGGCCUCCAUGCUGCUGGCCGGGGGCCUGGGCCUCUUCCUCACCUACACCUGGAAGUGGGUCACGCCCUCCCUCCUGGGGCCUGGAUUCCUAGCUCUGGCCGCUGCCCAGGCCUUGCUGGUCCUCUUGCUUAUGGCCACAGUCAUGUUCCCCCAAAAGGCAGAAGAUGACAAGAGCAAGCAGAAGAGACACUAGUCCUGUCCAAAGGUUCACAUGACUGCCAGGGCUGUUUGAAGGAGGCUCAGAUAGGUGCCAGAGGACUCAUGAGUUGCUGUUUUCUCAGCCACCCUGCAUCAUAGCUGAUACUGAUCUCAAGCUUGAGCAGAUGGGCCCCACUGAGGAGGGGGCACCGGCAUAAAGGAGGCCGGGGCUGUGAGGGUGACUGGGCCCUGGGCUUCUUAGUGUUGGCUUGUCUGUCCUUUGGGACUGCUAACACCACGUAGCUCCUUGUCACGAGAAUUCCUGCUAUAAUUAACUGAUCUGAGCAAACCAUUCUUACUUCAUUCUCAGGAUGUUGGCCAGAGAAGGGUUCCUGUCCCAGGGCCAGAUUUCCAGGAUGAUUGGUCAAAGGCCAAACUGAGACCCCGGGAAGGUUCAUGGUGACAAAUGGGGAACACUAAGGGCACCUCAGUGUCCCCGGGGCCCUGGUUAGCAAGCUUCUCCCUUCCCCCUCCCUCCCCAAGACACCACUCCCAAAGGCACAGGAGAGAUCUCAGAGGGAGUCUCUGAAGUUCCCCUAAGGCUGCUGGACCUCAAGCCAGACAGCAGGGGAGUGAGUUGGCAUGA